AUUGUGAGGCCGUCGCCGUUCCGCAAAUCUGUCAGGCCAGGGGUCCGCUAAUAUAUAAAUUAUAUAUUUUUCCAUUAAUUUUUAAGUUAUGGGGCGAACAUGCUGUGUAGUCGGUUGCAGUGUCCGUUCACAUGACCGACAAGGUACAAAAUUAGACAACGCAUUGUCUUUCUUUAGCUUUCCUGUCUGGAGGAAGAAUCAAGGAAGCUAUGUGUCGGAUGUUACAAAAAGACGCCGGCUGUCGUGGAUUUCAGCCGUAAGACGAAAAGACAUCAACUUUUCAAGCAUCCCAAGAUCGUUAAAAGUGUGUUCCAGACAUUUUUAUUCAGGGAAACCAUCUUAUGAAAUGGAUGAGUCAAAUCCUGACUGGGCUCCAACACUGCACCUGGGACACUGUGAAGUGCGUGCUACCGAGUCAGACCGGUAUUCUCGUCGAUUACAACGACAACAAAUGACCGUGCCAGUAGCAGGAGACGACGGUGAAUCCCAAAUGCAGAGAGAAACCACUGCAGAACCGGUGGGAUCAGCACAUGAAAAGGAAGGUGGUGACCAGGCAGAGGCAGAAGUGGCAGCAGAUGCUGCAGGUGGUGACCAGGCAGAGGUGGGAGCUGUAGAAGAUGAGUGUGGAGAAUGGGCAGAUGUGGAAGCCGCAGAGGAUGAGGAUGAGUAAGGUGGAAACCAGGCAGAAGUUGACAUGCCAGUUAAGAGACAAAGAAGAGAAUGUCAGUUCUGUGAGCGCAACAGUGCAGAAGUUAACCGUCUGUUGCAGGAGAACAGGGAGCUUAGGUGUGAGCUGAACAAGAGAAAGAUGGAUGAGGACUUCUUAAAGGGUGACACAAAUAAGGUCAGGUACUACACAGGAAUUCCAUGCUUUGCAAUUUUAUUGUCUUUGUUCACCACUGUUAAGGCUUUCCUGCCAGUUACCAAAAAGUUGUCAUCCUUUCAAAUGCUUUUGUUGACACUCAUACGUCUGAGGCUUGAUCUUCCUGUACAGCACCUUGCCCAUCUCUUCCAUGUGUCACGUAAUACUCUUUCUACUGCCUUUACUGACACCAUAGAUGUUUUAAAUGCACGGCUUAAUCCAUUGGUGUGCUGGCCAGAGAGGCAUUGCUUACAAGCUACAAUGCCGCAUCAAUUUUUGGAAGCUUUUGGGAAACGUGUUGCUAUUAUAGUCGACUGCUUUGAAAUACGCACAGAAAGGCCAUCAAAUCUAAAGGCACGGGCACAGGCCUUUUCUCAUUACAAAGGUACACACACCAUGAAAUACCUCAUUGGUAUUACACCACAAGGUGCCAUAUCAUUUAUUUCCAAGGGAUGGGGUGGGCGUGCCUCUGACAAGCACAUAACUGAGAACUGUGGCCUUCUCAACAAACUGUUACCUGGUGACUUAGUGCUAGCUGAUCGGGGCUUUGAUAUCAAGGAUAGUGUGGGGAUGAUGUGUGCAGAGGUCAAAGUUCCUGCGUUCACUAAAGGAAGAUGUCAACUUGACGCUAAGGAUGUGGAAAAUACACGUGCAAUAGCACACCUGAGGAUUCACGUUGAAAGGGUGAUUGGCAGUUUGCGCAACAAGUACACAUAA